AGAGCUGUGAGGUCAUGAGGGAGAACACUUCAUCCAGACGCCGUAAAGGGGCCACUCCCAAACGCCGCCCACCACCACCGGCCCCCAGCCCUGGGGCCCGUUUCCCCAAACGCAGAGGAGCUGCAGCGCCCUCUGGAGGAACCCCGCGACAGAGGAGGUACCGCCCAGGGUCCAAAGCUCUCAAAGAAAUCCGUAAAUACCAGAAAAGCACCGACCUGCUGCUGCGCAAAGGGCCCUUCUGCCGCCUGGUUCGUGAAGUCUGUCAGAGUUAUUCUCGAGAGUCAUAUCGGUGGCAGGUCUACGCUCUGCUGGCUCUGCAGGCUGCGGAGGCGUUCCUGGUGAUGCUGUUUUCGGACUCUAACCUCUGUGCGAUUCACGCCAAACGAGUGACUCUUUUCCCAUGCGACAUUCAGCUUGCCCGACGCAUCCGCGGAGUCGAGUCCCUCUGA